GUCUUUUGUUGUGAGCCAGGUUAACCUGUGACUGUUUUGUGCAAUUAUCCUCUUAUUCUCUCGUUCGUCCAGGACUACUGUAGGAUGUUUUCGUGUGCUUUAAGUGCUUACUGUGAAUGAUCAAAGUUCCGAACAUGGGAAAAUCGAAAGAUGAUGCUACAAAGCCGUCAGGCUCGGGAAACAUGUCAGCAUCGUCGUCUCUCGAUCCCUCAGUUGUCUUUCAAGGCACUGCAGCUCCUCCUAACCCCACAGUUCCGAAGAAGAAAGGCGGUAUUCGUUCUCGUUUCACUCUCCAGCGUCUCUUGUACAGUCCUCUACUGAAUCGUCGGCGGAAAAGUUCCGCGGCCAAGUCAACUCAGUCGAAGAGUUCAGCCAAACCUAGUGCAUCGAAGACGAGUUUCGAAGAAAGCUAUUGUCAGAUGCGAUACGGAAGCGUGGGGCAAAACGGUGCCGGGGCUUCGUCGAUGGCGUGCGAUUCCUUGUCCGCUGCGUCGUUUUCUUCGUCGAGUGGGGAUCAGAAGAGUGAGAAGGUGCCGGGUGGACAAGAGUGUCCUAUGUGUUUGUCGUAUUGCAGACCAGAUAAGCUGCUCACGUUGACUGGUUGUCAUCACGUCGCAUGCAAGACGUGUUUGACGCGCUACGUUAUCAUGAGUAUCACCGAGCACCAGGGGAACGUUCACUGCUUCGAGUGUUCGGAGUUCAUGCAUCCUUCAGAUGUUCAAGCAUUAGUGAUUAAGCCGUUGGUGAUCAAAUACGAGGAUUUUAUGCUGAGGAGGGUCUUGGCUGGAGAUCCAGAUGCUCGCUGGUGUCCAGCUCCGGACUGCUCCUUUGCCGUGAUUGCUGCUGGUUGUGCUUCGUGCCCGAAGCUCAAGUGCAAACGACCGGGAUGUGGUAUGCAGUUUUGCUACCAUUGUAAAGCUGAAUGGCAUCCGAAUCAAACCUGCGAUGCUGCCAGGGCAGAACGGGAGCCACGAUUUAGAUCUUCGUCACUGUCAUUCUCUUAUGACAUACCAUUUCAAAAAGAACAAAUUAAGCCUUGCCCAGUGUGCAGGUCUUUGAUCAUGAAGCAAGAAGAUGGGAGCUGCAAUCAUAUGGUUUGUUCUGUAUGCUCGACCGAAUUUUGCUGGCUGUGCAUGAAGCAAAUCUCAGACCUUCAUUAUCUAAGCCCGUCUGGUUGCACGUUUUGGGGUAAAAAGCCAUGGUCUCGGAAGAAGAAGAUCAUGUGGCAACUCGGGAUGUUGAUUGGAGCUCCCUUGGGAAUCGCUCUCAUCGCUGGGAUCGCAGUUCCAGCCAUCGUGAUUGGGAUCCCUGUGUUGGUGGGUCGUAGGAUCUACCGGAACACUGAAUACCCCUCUGGCUACAAGCGGAACAUGCUCAUCUUUGGAGGAGUCGUGGCUUCGGUGUUCGUGUCGCCGGUACUGGCCGGCGCCGCGGUGGGUUUCGGAGUCCCCAUGCUGUUGGCGUACGUCUACGGCGUCGUUCCGGUGUCGCUCUGCCGAUCCGGCGUCUGCGGCAUCUCCACUUCCGCAUCCGGCGUCCGAUUGGACUUCGACGAGGCGGAAGACGGCAUUUCCGGCCGACUGGCCGCCAUGGGAGACGAGAUUCGGAGAAAGUCGGAAGAAGAGGACGACACGGAUGGUCGGUUGCCGUCGGGUGCGAAUGAAAUGAUGGCUGAGGGCUCGAGCGUCGUGGGCAUGUCGAUGACGCUGUCGUUGGGCGACGGAUCCAGUUGUCACACGGUGGACAGGCAUGACGAGACGGCGUCGUUGACGGCAUUGGCCGGGUCGAUUGCGUCCAGUGCUUCGAGGGGACAAAGGAUGGAAGUGUUGGCGGACGUGACGAGCCACGUGGGCAAACGGAACUCGGUGAGCAGCGAAAGCGUGUCGGCCGUCGUGAGCAUGAUUUCCUCGGACAGGCACUCGGACGCGAGGUCGGGAGUCGUGGCCGUUUCCGACGACCGGGCCAGCAACGUGGCCCUGGCCGGCUCCGUCCUGUCCUACAGAGAUAAGUUUUUCAUGUCACACGAAAUUCCUUAUGAAGUCAAGUCGACUGAGGAAUCGAAAUUAAACGACGAGGUUUCUUGGAAGGGGAAUCUCGACUUGAGUUUCAAAAUUCGCAAACCUGAAUUGUUGAGCAGCGAGCAGGGCCAUCACGGCGAAGCUGUGUCUCUGAAGAGCGUGGACGCCACUGGCCCGCACGGCGGCGCCCAUGGAACCAACGCUUCAGUGUCGCCCGUGUCGUCCUUCUCAACCGGCGACGAAAUAUUCUUUGGACGCCGUUCCGUGACCCGCGGGUCCGCGAGGAAAGGGUUUCUCGAUAGACAAUUGAGCUUAGAUUCCGGCAGCCUGGAAGAACGGGUGCGGUUCGACGAGAACGUCAGUUUCAUCGACGACCACGGAGACGGCCAGAUUCUCGAAGACGUGGAAGCUGAAGAACUCGAGGCCAGGCGCCAGUUUUCCCCGAGUGGCGGCUCCAACCACGCGGACCUGGAAGACCUGAUUGUGCGCAUGAUUUGCGACAAAGGACUCGAUCCCUGCGUCGACAAUGAUGACGAGACGACGACGACCGACGAGUCUGUGCAUGCGAAGGUCAACCGACAGAAACACGGAUCUGGCCCUUGAGAGUUGACCCCUUUUUUCUUGGAAAAUCUUCUUUUUUUCUUAAUUAUGAAUUUUUUUUUUCGAGGGCUGUUCAGAAGGAGGGAGUAGCAAUAAACGUAUUCCCUCCCCUUGCCUGCUUUUUAGUUCCCGAAUUUUCUGAGCAGCCCUUGUGAUAUGUCCCAAGAGAGAGAGAUUAAUAAGUUGAGAGUGUCCAGAAAGUUGCCGGGUGUUGUGGAAUAAUUUGGGAACUCGUGCGGAUUGUCUACCUAUAUUUCAUCAAUGACUAGUCGGUUUUAGUGUGAGUAGAUGUCACUGGUAGUUACAGAAUGGCAUUUCGAAUUUAUAUACCGAUUCAACGCGAUUUUGGGGUUAUUUGUAUUAGUGGAAGAAGAACAAAGAAGGAAGAACAGAAGUAGGUUUUUUUGAAUUAGAUUAGUUUGUCAAAUCUAUUGUCGUGGUAUUUUUUUUUAGAUGCGCUUUUUAGAAGGUAAUCCCAGUCUUGAGAAAAUCUGUUGGAUUGUAAUGGUUGUUCCUGUGGAGAGUUCGCGGUAUUUGGCAUUUGCUGUUAUUUUCUAUAUAUAAAAAAGUUCUGCAUGUAAUUAACAACCAAUUUCGAUGCACUUUUGCAUACAUAUCAUCCCAAGAUUUGAAAUGCGUUUGAUAACCCUUUUUUUCCAUAUCGACGGUAAUUUUCUGGACACUCUGUAUGCUUAGAGAGAGACAGAGAAGCUCGAUGUCGCUUUAUGGAUUUUUUGUUUUUUGUGCCCGAGGCGGCAUUUUGAGGGAAAGUCGAAAUGUAGCUGCGCAUUCCUGUUGUGUUUUAAAAAUAAUCCCGUGUCAUUUUGUGGAGAAAAGUUUUUGUUCUGUGAUAAAAAAACGAAGAAGAAAUUAACGUCUCGCUUCCGCUGCGAAAAUCGUCGAUUUUUUUUUUUUCUUGCUAGCAUUCCCUCCCCCGUGUUCUCCUGAAAUUUACUUGGAUUGCAGCGGUGGUGAUGAUUGAUGGAUUGUGAAUCGGGAUUUUUUUUUUGUUCGUUUGUCCAUGUGUUUUUUUAAUUUAAUUUGUGGGAAAAUGUUCCUUGGUAUAUAGUAUCGGAUUCUUGUUGUGGAGCAGGAAAGGAAAGAAACCCUAUAUUUGAGGAUGCGUGGUUGAGAUCACGCUUUUUCUGUGCUGCUUAUUUUUCGUUCGUCUGAUUUGAUCUUUUUCUCUUUUUUUUUUUGCGACGUGAGUGCUGAUUUUCUGUGAAGUUUAUCGGUGGUUUUUGUUGUUGUUGUUGGUUCGAUGUUCAACCCGGAUUGAGUGUUUUGCUGGAAAAUAAGAAAUGUAAGCGGAAUCACUGAA